AUGUUAUCAUUCGAACAAUCACAAAUAUGGUGGAGAAUUGGUGGUAUCUUAACCUGUAUUGCAGUAGGUCUUGAUGCUUAUAGUUCUCAUGGACUCCCAAAAAAAAUUGAAGAUGCAAAAAGAGUAGAACAAUUCAGAAUUGGUUCAAAAUAUCACAUCCUUCAUUCAAUGGCAUUGUUUUUAGUUCCAUUUUCAAGCAACUCAACUCUUACAGGUGGAUUAUUUUUAGCUGGUAUUACUUUAUUCUCUGGCUCAUUAUAUUACAUCUCACUUAAAAACAAACCUUGGUUUGGUAGAAUCACACCAAUUGGUGGUUUACUUUUAAUGGGUGGUUGGUUAUCUUUUGCUUUCAACUAA